AUGGGUCUUCUUACUCUUUUGAGAAAACUGAAGCGAAACGACAAAGAGCCACGAAUUCUUAUUCUUGGUUUGGACAAUGCAGGGAAAACAUCUAUUCUUCGAAAAUUGUCAGACGAGGAUCCAACUACAACCCAGGCUACACAGGGCUUCAAUAUUAAGUCUAUCAACUGUGAGGGCUUCAAACUUAAUAUGUGGGAUAUUGGUGGUCAAAAGGCAAUUCGUGCAUACUGGCCUAACUAUUUUGAUGAAGUUGACUGUCUGAUAUACGUUGUGGAUUCUGCAGACAAGCGACGUCUGGAUGAGACAGCAGCAGAACUUGAAACUUUACUGCAAGAAGAAAAGUUAAGAGAGGCCCCUUUUCUUGUCUUUGCCAACAAAUGUGAUCUUGCAACCGCAUUGUCUCCUGAAGAUGUCAGUACUGCUUUGAACUUGCAAAGUCUGCGUGACCGUACUUGGUCUAUUCAAAAGUGCAGCGCGAAGACGGGAGAGGGUCUUAAUGAAGGACUUGAGUGGGCCGUAAAAAAUUUGAAAAAAUAG